UGUCAACCUCGUUAAAAGCCUUUGUUCAUGAUUGCAAUAUGUAAUUAAAGAAAUAUUUCCUAGGUAAGGACAAUCAAUAAGCAAGAAGAUAAGAUAUCAGAAAAGGAUAGUUAUCGCUAGAUGUGGAUUUUUGUCCACUUGUUGGAAAUUUUCUACAUAACGCUACGUUAUAUAAGAUAUAUAAAACUAUACAGAGUACGGUACUCACUAUAAUAUUCAUUAUAACAUACGAAAUACAGUUUAUAGCAUUAUGGUAUAGCGCUCAUUAUAAUACGUAAGACAAAUCUUUUUAAUUAUAAAGAAAGUUUAGUUACAAAAAAGUUAGCGUUGAAAAUACGUAUUGCAUAAGUAUCCGCAGUCGUAUUGUAAUCGCACACGAUUAAUGUUAAAAAUUUGGAAAUUAGCAGUUGAGGAAGAUCGAUUAAAAAAAAUCACGAUGUCUUGUGGAACCAAAACGCAGUCGUUUAAAAUUUGUCGAUGUGCGUGCAAAUGGCGAUGCCAAUGCCUAAUUGCACGCAUGAAGAAGCCUGGUGCGCCAUUCGGCACCGGAUCAAAACGUGGCACACACAUUGGAUUACACCCAAAAUUCUACACAAACGAUCCAGUGUCAUCAAUAACAGUGGGAUCGUACGAUCCUUUGAUUGCUAAAAGCAAAUCCACUGGCAUCAGCUGGAAGAAGGAGUUGGAGUCUGAAGAAUUUUCGAGGACAAUGGGAGGGAGAGUAGAAAAAUAUGCGACGCAGAAAUACCUGAUGAAGACAGGACGUGGUCCAGGAACCCACGAAAUACCCCAGUGGCCUGAUAUCAUCCUGAACGAAGCUUGCAAAGCUGUUAAAAGAAACGUUGGAUUUGGAACUGUUCCCCUUUUCCAACCUGCUUGGCCAUCGACUACUCCUGGGCCAGGCGAAUGAUUCGAAA